AUGAAGUGCUGGAUUUACCCCGGAGACGCUGAGAAAAGGGAGAGAGGCUCGCAAAACCUGGUCCUGACCCAGCAGACACUACACUGGCCGCUGUGGGAAGUGUUAAAGGGGGGGGGGGGGGGGGGGGGGGGGGGGGGGGGGGGGGGGGGGGGGGGGGGGGGGGGGGGGGGGGGGGGAGGGGGGGGGGGGGGGGGGGGGGGGGGGGGGGGGGGGGGGGGGGGGGGGGGGGGGGGGGGGGGGGGGGGGGGGGGGGGGGGGGGGGGGGGGGGGGGGGGGGGGGGGGGGGGGGGGGGGGGGGGGGGGGGGGGGGGGGGGGGGGGGGGGGGGGGGGGGGGGGGGGGGGGGGGGGGGGGGGGGGGGGGGGGGGGGGGGGGGGGGGGGGGGGGGGGGGGGGGGGGGGGGGGGGGGGGGGGGGGGGGGGGGGGGGGGGGGGGGGGGGGGGGGGGGGGGGGGGGGGGGGGGGGGGGGGGGGGGGGGGGGGGGGGGGGGGGGGGGGGGGGGGGGGGGGGGGGGGGGGGGGGGGGGGGGGGGGGGGGGGGGGGGGGGGGGGGGGGGGGGGGGGGGGGGGGGGGGGGGGGGGGGGGGGGGGGGGGGGGGGGGGGGGGGGGGGGGGGGGGGGGGGGGGGGGGGGGGGGGGGGGGGGGGGGGGGGGGGGGGGGGGGGGGGGGGGGGGGGGGGGGGGGGGGGGGGGGGGGGGGGGGGGGGGGGGGGGGGGGGGGGGGGGGGGGGGGGGGGGGGGGGGGGGGGGGGGGGGGGGGGGGGGGGGGGGGGGGGGGGGGGGGGGGGGGGGGGGGGGGGGGGGGGGGGGGGGGGGGGGGGGGGGGGGGGGGGGGGGGGGGGGGGGGGGGGGGGGGGGGGGGGGGGGGGGGGGGGGGGGGGGGGGGGGGGGGGGGGGGGGGGGGGGGGGGGGGGGGGGGGGGGGGGGGGGGGGGGGGGGGGGGGGGGGGGGGGGGGGGGGGGGGGGGGGGGGGGGGGGGGGGGGGGGGGGGGGGGGGGGGGGGGGGGGGGGGGGGGGGGGGGGGGGGGGGGGGGGGGGGGGGGGGGGGGGGGGGGGGGGGGGGGGGGGGGGGGGGGGGGGGGGGGGGGGGGGGGGGGGGGGGGGGGGGGGGGGGGGGGGGGGGGGGGGGGGGGGGGGGGGGGGGGGGGGGGGGGGGGGGGGGGGGGGGGGGGGGGGGGGGGGGGGGGGGGGGGGGGGGGGGGGGGGGGGGGGGGGGGGGGGGGGGGGGGGGGGGGGGGGGGGGGGGGGGGGGGGGGGGGGGGGGGGGGGGGGGGGGGGGGGGGGGGGGGGGGGGGGGGGGGGGGGGGGGGGGGGGGGGGGGGGGGGGGGGGGGGGGGGGGGGGGGGGGGGGGGGGGGGGGGGGGGGGGGGGGGGGGGGGGGGGGGGGGGGGGGGGGGGGGGGGGGGGGGGGGGGGGGGGGGGGGGGGGGGGGGGGGGGGGGGGGGGGGGGGGGGGGGGGGGGGGGGGGGGGGGGGGGGGGGGGGGGGGGGGGGGGGGGGGGGGGGGGGGGGGGGGGGGGGGGGGGGGGGGGGGGGGGGGGGGGGGGGGGGGGGGGGGGGGGGGGGGGGGGGGGGGGGGGGGGGGGGGGGGGGGGGGGGGGGGGGGGGGGGGGGGGGGGGGGGGGGGGGGGGGGGGGGGGGGGGGGGGGGGGGGGGGGGGGGGGGGGGGGGGGGGGGGGGGGGGGGGGGGGGGGGGGGGGGGGGGGGGGGGGGGGGGGGGGGGGGGGGGGGGGGGGGGGGGGGGGGGGGGGGGGGGGGGGGGGGGGGGGGGGGGGGGGGGGGGGGGGGGGGGGGGGGGGGGGGGGGGGGGGGGGGGGGGGGGGGGGGGGGGGGGGGGGGGGGGGGGGGGGGGGGGGGGGGGGGGGGGGGGGGGGGGGGGGGGGGGGGGGGGGGGGGGGGGGGGGGGGGGGGGGGGGGGGGGGGGGGGGGGGGGGGGGGGGGGGGGGGGGGGGGGGGGGGGGGGGGGGGGGGGGGGGGGGGGGGGGGGGGGGGGGGGGGGGGGGGGGGGGGGGGGGGGGGGGGGGGGGGGGGGGGGGGGGGGGGGGGGGGGGGGGGGGGGGGGGGGGGGGGGGGGGGGGGGGGGGGGGGGGGGGGGGGGGGGGGGGGGGGGGGGGGGGGGGGGGGGGGGGGGGGGGGGGGGGGGGGGGGGGGGGGGGGGGGGGGGGGGGGGGGGGGGGGGGGGGGGGGGGGGGGGGGGGGGGGGGGGGGGGGGGGGGGGGGGGGGGGGGGGGGGGGGGGGGGGGGGGGGGGGGGGGGGGGGGGGGGGGGGGGGGGGGGGGGGGGGGGGGGGGGGGGGGGGGGGGGGGGGGGGGGGGGGGGGGGGGGGGGGGGGGGGGGGGGGGGGGGGGGGGGGGGGGGGGGGGGGGGGGGGGGGGGGGGGGGGGGGGGGGGGGGGGGGGGGGGGGGGGGGGGGGGGGGGGGGGGGGGGGGGGGGGGGGGGGGGGGGGGGGGGGGGGGGGGGGGGGGGGGGGGGGGGGGGGGGGGGGGGGGGGGGGGGGGGGGGGGGGGGGGGGGGGGGGGGGGGGGGGGGGGGGGGGGGGGGGGGGGGGGGGGGGGGGGGGGGGGGGGGGGGGGGGGGGGGGGGGGGGGGGGGGGGGGGGGGGGGGGGGGGGGGGGGGGGGGGGGGGGGGGGGGGGGGGGGGGGGGGGGGGGGGGGGGGGGGGGGGGGGGGGGGGGGGGGGGGGGGGGGGGGGGGGGGGGGGGGGGGGGGGGGGGGGGGGGGGGGGGGGGGGGGGGGGGGGGGGGGGGGGGGGGGGGGGGGGGGGGGGGGGGGGGGGGGGGGGGGGGGGGGGGGGGGGGGGGGGGGGGGGGGGGGGGGGGGGGGGGGGGGGGGGGGGGGGGGGGGGGGGGGGGGGGGGGGGGGGGGGGGGGGGGGGGGGGGGGGGGGGGGGGGGGGGGGGGGGGGGGGGGGGGGGGGGGGGGGGGGGGGGGGGGGGGGGGGGGGGGGGGGGGGGGGGGGGGGGGGGGGGGGGGGGGGGGGGGGGGGGGGGGGGGGGGGGGGGGGGGGGGGGGGGGGGGGGGGGGGGGGGGGGGGGGGGGGGGGGGGGGGGGGGGGGGGGGGGGGGGGGGGGGGGGGGGGGGGGGGGGGGGGGGGGGGGGGGGGGGGGGGGGGGGGGGGGGGGGGGGGGGGGGGGGGGGGGGGGGGGGGGGGGGGGGGGGGGGGGGGGGGGGGGGGGGGGGGGGGGGGGGGGGGGGGGGGGGGGGGGGGGGGGGGGGGGGGGGGGGGGGGGGGGGGGGGGGGGGGGGGGGGGGGGGGGGGGGGGGGGGGGGGGGGGGGGGGGGGGGGGGGGGGGGGGGGGGGGGGGGGGGGGGGGGGGGGGGGGGGGGGGGGGGGGGGGGGGGGGGGGGGGGGGGGGGGGGGGGGGGGGGGGGGGGGGGGGGGGGGGGGGGGGGGGGGGGGGGGGGGGGGGGGGGGGGGGGGGGGGGGGGGGGGGGGGGGGGGGGGGGGGGGGGGGGGGGGGGGGGGGGGGGGGGGGGGGGGGGGGGGGGGGGGGGGGGGGGGGGGGGGGGGGGGGGGGGGGGGGGGGGGGGGGGGGGGGGGGGGGGGGGGGGGGGGGGGGGGGGGGGGGGGGGGGGGGGGGGGGGGGGGGGGGGGGGGGGGGGGGGGGGGGGGGGGGGGGGGGGGGGGGGGGGGGGGGGGGGGGGGGGGGGGGGGGGGGGGGGGGGGGGGGGGGGGGGGGGGGGGGGGGGGGGGGGGGGGGGGGGGGGGGGGGGGGGGGGGGGGGGGGGGGGGGGGGGGGGGGGGGGGGGGGGGGGGGGGGGGGGGGGGGGGGGGGGGGGGGGGGGGGGGGGGGGGGGGGGGGGGGGGGGGGGGGGGGGGGGGGGGGGGGGGGGGGGGGGGGGGGGGGGGGGGGGGGGGGGGGGGGGGGGGGGGGGGGGGGGGGGGGGGGGGGGGGGGGGGGGGGGGGGGGGGGGGGGGGGGGGGGGGGGGGGGGGGGGGGGGGGGGGGGGGGGGGGGGGGGGGGGGGGGGGGGGGGGGGGGGGGGGGGGGGGGGGGGGGGGGGGGGGGGGGGGGGGGGGGGGGGGGGGGGGGGGGGGGGGGGGGGGGGGGGGGGGGGGGGGGGGGGGGGGGGGGGGGGGGGGGGGGGGGGGGGGGGGGGGGGGGGGGGGGGGGGGGGGGGGGGGGGGGGGGGGGGGGGGGGGGGGGGGGGGGGGGGGGGGGGGGGGGGGGGGGGGGGGGGGGGGGGGGGGGGGGGGGGGGGGGGGGGGGGGGGGGGGGGGGGGGGGGGGGGGGGGGGGGGGGGGGGGGGGGGGGGGGGGGGGGGGGGGGGGGGGGGGGGGGGGGGGGGGGGGGGGGGGGGGGGGGGGGGGGGGGGGGGGGGGGGGGGGGGGGGGGGGGGGGGGGGGGGGGGGGGGGGGGGGGGGGGGGGGGGGGGGGGGGGGGGGGGGGGGGGGGGGGGGGGGGGGGGGGGGGGGGGGGGGGGGGGGGGGGGGGGGGGGGGGGGGGGGGGGGGGGGGGGGGGGGGGGGGGGGGGGGGGGGGGGGGGGGGGGGGGGGGGGGGGGGGGGGGGGGGGGGGGGGGGGGGGGGGGGGGGGGGGGGGGGGGGGGGGGGGGGGGGGGGGGGGGGGGGGGGGGGGGGGGGGGGGGGGGGGGGGGGGGGGGGGGGGGGGGGGGGGGGGGGGGGGGGGGGGGGGGGGGGGGGGGGGGGGGGGGGGGGGGGGGGGGGGGGGGGGGGGGGGGGGGGGGGGGGGGGGGGGGGGGGGGGGGGGGGGGGGGGGGGGGGGGGGGGGGGGGGGGGGGGGGGGGGGGGGGGGGGGGGGGGGGGGGGGGGGGGGGGGGGGGGGGGGGGGGGGGGGGGGGGGGGGGGGGGGGGGGGGGGGGGGGGGGGGGGGGGGGGGGGGGGGGGGGGGGGGGGGGGGGGGGGGGGGGGGGGGGGGGGGGGGGGGGGGGGGGGGGGGGGGGGGGGGGGGGGGGGGGGGGGGGGGGGGGGGGGGGGGGGGGGGGGGGGGGGGGGGGGGGGGGGGGGGGGGGGGGGGGGGGGGGGGGGGGGGGGGGGGGGGGGGGGGGGGGGGGGGGGGGGGGGGGGGGGGGGGGGGGGGGGGGGGGGGGGGGGGGGGGGGGGGGGGGGGGGGGGGGGGGGGGGGGGGGGGGGGGGGGGGGGGGGGGGGGGGGGGGGGGGGGGGGGGGGGGGGGGGGGGGGGGGGGGGGGGGGGGGGGGGGGGGGGGGGGGGGGGGGGGGGGGGGGGGGGGGGGGGGGGGGGGGGGGGGGGGGGGGGGGGGGGGGGGGGGGGGGGGGGGGGGGGGGGGGGGGGGGGGGGGGGGGGGGGGGGGGGGGGGGGGGGGGGGGGGGGGGGGGGGGGGGGGGGGGGGGGGGGGGGGGGGGGGGGGGGGGGGGGGGGGGGGGGGGGGGGGGGGGGGGGGGGGGGGGGGGGGGGGGGGGGGGGGGGGGGGGGGGGGGGGGGGGGGGGGGGGGGGGGGGGGGGGGGGGGGGGGGGGGGGGGGGGGGGGGGGGGGGGGGGGGGGGGGGGGGGGGGGGGGGGGGGGGGGGGGGGGGGGGGGGGGGGGGGGGGGGGGGGGGGGGGGGGGGGGGGGGGGGGGGGGGGGGGGGGGGGGGGGGGGGGGGGGGGGGGGGGGGGGGGGGGGGGGGGGGGGGGGGGGGGGGGGGGGGGGGGGGGGGGGGGGGGGGGGGGGGGGGGGGGGGGGGGGGGGGGGGGGGGGGGGGGGGGGGGGGGGGGGGGGGGGGGGGGGGGGGGGGGGGGGGGGGGGGGGGGGGGGGGGGGGGGGGGGGGGGGGGGGGGGGGGGGGGGGGGGGGGGGGGGGGGGGGGGGGGGGGGGGGGGGGGGGGGGGGGGGGGGGGGGGGGGGGGGGGGGGGGGGGGGGGGGGGGGGGGGGGGGGGGGGGGGGGGGGGGGGGGGGGGGGGGGGGGGGGGGGGGGGGGGGGGGGGGGGGGGGGGGGGGGGGGGGGGGGGGGGGGGGGGGGGGGGGGGGGGGGGGGGGGGGGGGGGGGGGGGGGGGGGGGGGGGGGGGGGGGGGGGGGGGGGGGGGGGGGGGGGGGGGGGGGGGGGGGGGGGGGGGGGGGGGGGGGGGGGGGGGGGGGGGGGGGGGGGGGGGGGGGGGGGGGGGGGGGGGGGGGGGGGGGGGGGGGGGGGGGGGGGGGGGGGGGGGGGGGGGGGGGGGGGGGGGGGGGGGGGGGGGGGGGGGGGGGGGGGGGGGGGGGGGGGGGGGGGGGGGGGGGGGGGGGGGGGGGGGGGGGGGGGGGGGGGGGGGGGGGGGGGGGGGGGGGGGGGGGGGGGGGGGGGGGGGGGGGGGGGGGGGGGGGGGGGGGGGGGGGGGGGGGGGGGGGGGGGGGGGGGGGGGGGGGGGGGGGGGGGGGGGGGGGGGGGGGGGGGGGGGGGGGGGGGGGGGGGGGGGGGGGGGGGGGGGGGGGGGGGGGGGGGGGGGGGGGGGGGGGGGGGGGGGGGGGGGGGGGGGGGGGGGGGGGGGGGGGGGGGGGGGGGGGGGGGGGGGGGGGGGGGGGGGGGGGGGGGGGGGGGGGGGGGGGGGGGGGGGGGGGGGGGGGGGGGGGGGGGGGGGGGGGGGGGGGGGGGGGGGGGGGGGGGGGGGGGGGGGGGGGGGGGGGGGGGGGGGGGGGGGGGGGGGGGGGGGGGGGGGGGGGGGGGGGGGGGGGGGGGGGGGGGGGGGGGGGGGGGGGGGGGGGGGGGGGGGGGGGGGGGGGGGGGGGGGGGGGGGGGGGGGGGGGGGGGGGGGGGGGGGGGGGGGGGGGGGGGGGGGGGGGGGGGGGGGGGGGGGGGGGGGGGGGGGGGGGGGGGGGGGGGGGGGGGGGGGGGGGGGGGGGGGGGGGGGGGGGGGGGGGGGGGGGGGGGGGGGGGGGGGGGGGGGGGGGGGGGGGGGGGGGGGGGGGGGGGGGGGGGGGGGGGGGGGGGGGGGGGGGGGGGGGGGGGGGGGGGGGGGGGGGGGGGGGGGGGGGGGGGGGGGGGGGGGGGGGGGGGGGGGGGGGGGGGGGGGGGGGGGGGGGGGGGGGGGGGGGGGGGGGGGGGGGGGGGGGGGGGGGGGGGGGGGGGGGGGGGGGGGGGGGGGGGGGGGGGGGGGGGGGGGGGGGGGGGGGGGGGGGGGGGGGGGGGGGGGGGGGGGGGGGGGGGGGGGGGGGGGGGGGGGGGGGGGGGGGGGGGGGGGGGGGGGGGGGGGGGGGGGGGGGGGGGGGGGGGGGGGGGGGGGGGGGGGGGGGGGGGGGGGGGGGGGGGGGGGGGGGGGGGGGGGGGGGGGGGGGGGGGGGGGGGGGGGGGGGGGGGGGGGGGGGGGGGGGGGGGGGGGGGGGGGGGGGGGGGGGGGGGGGGGGGGGGGGGGGGGGGGGGGGGGGGGGGGGGGGGGGGGGGGGGGGGGGGGGGGGGGGGGGGGGGGGGGGGGGGGGGGGGGGGGGGGGGGGGGGGGGGGGGGGGGGGGGGGGGGGGGGGGGGGGGGGGGGGGGGGGGGGGGGGGGGGGGGGGGGGGGGGGGGGGGGGGGGGGGGGGGGGGGGGGGGGGGGGGGGGGGGGGGGGGGGGGGGGGGGGGGGGGGGGGGGGGGGGGGGGGGGGGGGGGGGGGGGGGGGGGGGGGGGGGGGGGGGGGGGGGGGGGGGGGGGGGGGGGGGGGGGGGGGGGGGGGGGGGGGGGGGGGGGGGGGGGGGGGGGGGGGGGGGGGGGGGGGGGGGGGGGGGGGGGGGGGGGGGGGGGGGGGGGGGGGGGGGGGGGGGGGGGGGGGGGGGGGGGGGGGGGGGGGGGGGGGGGGGGGGGGGGGGGGGGGGGGGGGGGGGGGGGGGGGGGGGGGGGGGGGGGGGGGGGGGGGGGGGGGGGGGGGGGGGGGGGGGGGGGGGGGGGGGGGGGGGGGGGGGGGGGGGGGGGGGGGGGGGGGGGGGGGGGGGGGGGGGGGGGGGGGGGGGGGGGGGGGGGGGGGGGGGGGGGGGGGGGGGGGGGGGGGGGGGGGGGGGGGGGGGGGGGGGGGGGGGGGGGGGGGGGGGGGGGGGGGGGGGGGGGGGGGGGGGGGGGGGGGGGGGGGGGGGGGGGGGGGGGGGGGGGGGGGGGGGGGGGGGGGGGGGGGGGGGGGGGGGGGGGGGGGGGGGGGGGGGGGGGGGGGGGGGGGGGGGGGGGGGGGGGGGGGGGGGGGGGGGGGGGGGGGGGGGGGGGGGGGGGGGGGGGGGGGGGGGGGGGGGGGGGGGGGGGGGGGGGGGGGGGGGGGGGGGGGGGGGGGGGGGGGGGGGGGGGGGGGGGGGGGGGGGGGGGGGGGGGGGGGGGGGGGGGGGGGGGGGGGGGGGGGGGGGGGGGGGGGGGGGGGGGGGGGGGGGGGGGGGGGGGGGGGGGGGGGGGGGGGGGGGGGGGGGGGGGGGGGGGGGGGGGGGGGGGGGGGGGGGGGGGGGGGGGGGGGGGGGGGGGGGGGGGGGGGGGGGGGGGGGGGGGGGGGGGGGGGGGGGGGGGGGGGGGGGGGGGGGGGGGGGGGGGGGGGGGGGGGGGGGGGGGGGGGGGGGGGGGGGGGGGGGGGGGGGGGGGGGGGGGGGGGGGGGGGGGGGGGGGGGGGGGGGGGGGGGGGGGGGGGGGGGGGGGGGGGGGGGGGGGGGGGGGGGGGGGGGGGGGGGGGGGGGGGGGGGGGGGGGGGGGGGGGGGGGGGGGGGGGGGGGGGGGGGGGGGGGGGGGGGGGGGGGGGGGGGGGGGGGGGGGGGGGGGGGGGGGGGGGGGGGGGGGGGGGGGGGGGGGGGGGGGGGGGGGGGGGGGGGGGGGGGGGGGGGGGGGGGGGGGGGGGGGGGGGGGGGGGGGGGGGGGGGGGGGGGGGGGGGGGGGGGGGGGGGGGGGGGGGGGGGGGGGGGGGGGGGGGGGGGGGGGGGGGGGGGGGGGGGGGGGGGGGGGGGGGGGGGGGGGGGGGGGGGGGGGGGGGGGGGGGGGGGGGGGGGGGGGGGGGGGGGGGGGGGGGGGGGGGGGGGGGGGGGGGGGGGGGGGGGGGGGGGGGGGGGGGGGGGGGGGGGGGGGGGGGGGGGGGGGGGGGGGGGGGGGGGGGGGGGGGGGGGGGGGGGGGGGGGGGGGGGGGGGGGGGGGGGGGGGGGGGGGGGGGGGGGGGGGGGGGGGGGGGGGGGGGGGGGGGGGGGGGGGGGGGGGGGGGGGGGGGGGGGGGGGGGGGGGGGGGGGGGGGGGGGGGGGGGGGGGGGGGGGGGGGGGGGGGGGGGGGGGGGGGGGGGGGGGGGGGGGGGGGGGGGGGGGGGGGGGGGGGGGGGGGGGGGGGGGGGGGGGGGGGGGGGGGGGGGGGGGGGGGGGGGGGGGGGGGGGGGGGGGGGGGGGGGGGGGGGGGGGGGGGGGGGGGGGGGGGGGGGGGGGGGGGGGGGGGGGGGGGGGGGGGGGGGGGGGGGGGGGGGGGGGGGGGGGGGGGGGGGGGGGGGGGGGGGGGGGGGGGGGGGGGGGGGGGGGGGGGGGGGGGGGGGGGGGGGGGGGGGGGGGGGGGGGGGGGGGGGGGGGGGGGGGGGGGGGGGGGGGGGGGGGGGGGGGGGGGGGGGGGGGGGGGGGGGGGGGGGGGGGGGGGGGGGGGGGGGGGGGGGGGGGGGGGGGGGGGGGGGGGGGGGGGGGGGGGGGGGGGGGGGGGGGGGGGGGGGGGGGGGGGGGGGGGGGGGGGGGGGGGGGGGGGGGGGGGGGGGGGGGGGGGGGGGGGGGGGGGGGGGGGGGGGGGGGGGGGGGGGGGGGGGGGGGGGGGGGGGGGGGGGGGGGGGGGGGGGGGGGGGGGGGGGGGGGGGGGGGGGGGGGGGGGGGGGGGGGGGGGGGGGGGGGGGGGGGGGGGGGGGGGGGGGGGGGGGGGGGGGGGGGGGGGGGGGGGGGGGGGGGGGGGGGGGGGGGGGGGGGGGGGGGGGGGGGGGGGGGGGGGGGGGGGGGGGGGGGGGGGGGGGGGGGGGGGGGGGGGGGGGGGGGGGGGGGGGGGGGGGGGGGGGGGGGGGGGGGGGGGGGGGGGGGGGGGGGGGGGGGGGGGGGGGGGGGGGGGGGGGGGGGGGGGGGGGGGGGGGGGGGGGGGGGGGGGGGGGGGGGGGGGGGGGGGGGGGGGGGGGGGGGGGGGGGGGGGGGGGGGGGGGGGGGGGGGGGGGGGGGGGGGGGGGGGGGGGGGGGGGGGGGGGGGGGGGGGGGGGGGGGGGGGGGGGGGGGGGGGGGGGGGGGGGGGGGGGGGGGGGGGGGGGGGGGGGGGGGGGGGGGGGGGGGGGGGGGGGGGGGGGGGGGGGGGGGGGGGGGGGGGGGGGGGGGGGGGGGGGGGGGGGGGGGGGGGGGGGGGGGGGGGGGGGGGGGGGGGGGGGGGGGGGGGGGGGGGGGGGGGGGGGGGGGGGGGGGGGGGGGGGGGGGGGGGGGGGGGGGGGGGGGGGGGGGGGGGGGGGGGGGGGGGGGGGGGGGGGGGGGGGGGGGGGGGGGGGGGGGGGGGGGGGGGGGGGGGGGGGGGGGGGGGGGGGGGGGGGGGGGGGGGGGGGGGGGGGGGGGGGGGGGGGGGGGGGGGGGGGGGGGGGGGGGGGGGGGGGGGGGGGGGGGGGGGGGGGGGGGGGGGGGGGGGGGGGGGGGGGGGGGGGGGGGGGGGGGGGGGGGGGGGGGGGGGGGGGGGAAUAGUUACUAA